GUAUAUUUUUCUUCUUCUGCUGCUUGUCUUUUCUUUGUAGAAAUCUAGGUUGCAAUCUACUCACAGAACUGAGCUUUGGAACGUUUCAGGCCUGGCAUGGAAUGCAGUUUUUACAUAAGUUAAUUCUCAAUCGUAAUCCUUUGACAACAGUUGAAGAUUCUUACCUUUUUAAAUUGCCAGCGUUAAAAUAUUUAGACAUGGGAAGAACACACGUGUCACUUACAACAGUUGAAAGCAUCCUGAUGAUGAACCUUGAAUUGGAGAAACUGAUCUUACCCAGCCGCAUGGCCUGCUGCCUCUGCCAAUUUAAAAAUACAGUUGAAGUUGUCUGUAAGACAGUCAAGCUGCGUUGCGAUGGUGAAUGCCUGACAAAUGCCGCACCUUGUGAUGAAGAAGCAUCUCUAGGGAAUGCAGAAGGAUCGUUCAUGAAGGUGUUACAAGCCCGGAAGAAGAACAACAGCACCGAGCUGACUAUUGAGCCAGAGAGGGCAUCCUCAGACCAAAGUGCUGUCAGCUUGUCAACCUUCAUGAAUGAGCAGCUGGACUCGAAUGCUGAAAGUGAUGUUAUCGGUGCACUAAACUACAUACUGCCUUAUUUCUCAGAGGGAAAUCUACGAGAUGUGGAAUCAACAUUAUUACCAGUCAUUCAGCUUCUUUUUCCAAAUGUACAAGAUGCAGAUACGCUGCUGGGCCAUUUGAAAAACAAUAUAAGGAACCCUUCCAUCAACCCUAUACCCAACAAUUCAGCUGAUAAAAAUAAAUUGAGGAAAGUCUAUUUUCUGGAAAAUUUGUUAGAUGCAGAAAUUCAAGAACAAAGUGAUGAGAUUAAAAAGAAAGAAAAAACUGCCAUGCUCAUACAUUCCAAACCUUUAGGUCCCAAAUUGAAGCACCAAAUCUUUCAAAAGAAAUUGGAAACUGCCGAACCACAGGAAAACAGCCUAGCAAAGACUGAGAGUGUAGGGGAAAGGCUGCUGAGAGGGAACAGCAUCCUCAAGGACCCAAGGGGCAUAAAGAAAAGGCACUUCAAAGCAGUGGGAGAUGAGAGCGUCAGGAGGAAACAGAAUGCCCAGCCAUUUGUGGAGAACACUGCCAGAGAAAGAAGUCUCACGAGCCCAUCCCCAGCAGAGCUGGAACAGCUUCACAUGGUGCAGAGGCCCCAGGAGUUAGUGGGAAACUCCUUCACCACAGAGCCUGCAUUCAUAAAGGAAGAUAAGGCAGCAGCCUCUUCUUUCCUGAAACAGUAUUCAAGGGGCAGGCUUUCUGGCUCCAUCCCUCCAAACUCCCCAUCUCAGGUUAAAAAGAAAUCAAAAGACUUACCCUCCACUAUUGCUGUUUUAGAAGAUGCAUAUGCUAGAGUUAUAAAUCUGAAGACUUCUCAACUAAUCUCACAUUCCGGGAAAAAAUACAUCUUCCAUAAAAUUCAGUCUGGUCUGGUCCAGAGAAGACCCAAAGCCGAAUUGCGUGGAAAGUUCACAGAGAAAGGUUCUCCCAGUAGAAUGAUGCUUGUGAGGCGUCCUUUCUCAGCAGUGAGAAGCCUCAUAAAUUCCCCUCCAAGAGAGGCUUUUUCAUCUUCAGGAGAACUGACUUCUCAAGAAAAUCCUUUUCCAGAAUUAUUUUCUCUUGCAGACCCUUCUACAGAGAAGCCUACUCCAGAAAGCAAUACUGCACAAAAUGUCUUUGAAGAAAUUACAAACUCUAUUCUGCCAGGAGGAACCGGCCCUGGAAUCACUGCCCAUAAGAGUGUCCCCACGGCACAUUCUGCUGUUGCUGCAGACAACUUUAUCCCAACUGUUCAACACACCAACGAAGCACAGUGGGAGGACCACAGCGUGGGCACUGAAUUAUCCUCUAAGCCCCCAGGCUCCACGUUCCCAGCACUCACAUCCCCGGGUGAUCAAUUUGAAGCUCAGCUAAACCAGCAGCUAUCAUCCCUCAUCCCCAACAAUAAUGUGAGAGGGCUCAUUUCUCAUGUUACCCGGACUUUGAAAAUGGACUGCUUGGAGACCCACGUGCAGCUGGCCUGUGCCAAGCUCAUCUCCAGCACAGGCCUCCUGAUGAAGCUCCUCAGUGAGCAGCAACAAGUAAAGGCAUCGAAGGCAGAAUGGGAUACGGACCCGUGGAAAACCGAGAACUAUAUCAGUGAGAGCGCAGGAGCCCAGGGUGAACAGAAGGAGCAGGAGCCCAGUGAGCUCACAAAAGAAGUCCCAGGAUACAACUAUAACAAGAAACUCAUCCUGGCAAUAUGUGUAACUGGAGCAGUGAUGACUUUCAUUAUCAUUUUCUGUCUCAUUCAGAUUCAUGCUCACAGGGCAGCAGCAGCAGCAGCAGCACAGGGAGAGGAAGAAACAGGGCAACUGCCCAAGGGCCACAAAAGAUGAGGAACUGAGGCUGAGCGAGUCUGGGGAACUUCCCUGAAGUCAAACACUCUGGAGCCCUCUGCCUGAGGCCAAGAGGCCUCAGGAUGUUGUGACUUCUCUUUUCUGAACAUCAAUAAAAUUCAAUUUAGAAGUUUCUAUCUUCAACGCUGUCUUAAGGGACCAAUGAAAAAUAAUGACACUGUGGCAGCUGUCCUCACUCCACACUUGCUGGGUUGUCCUGGACCCUGCACUGUUUUAGGGAAAGCCCAGCAAAGAGGAUGGGAUUCAGAUCUAAGCAUUCCUGGCUCCAAAGCUCACUUGCUCUGCCACUGAACUACGCUUCCUCUCCAACUGGAAUGAGAAAGAGCUGGGUGAGAAUCCUGCUUCUGCUGUUUAUUAGUUGUGUGGCCUUGGGCCCCCAAGUCACUUAACCUCGCUUAAGCCUGUUUUCUUGUUUGUACAGCUGUUAGGGAACCCACUGACCGACACUGCCCACUGUGGCCAGGCCUGAUAGUAACCACGUGCAUGAGUUCUCUUAGGACAGGAGGUGCUGGUAAGGAACGUGGAACUAACAAGCUACCGCCACUGGGAAGAAUUCGGGAAAGGUCAAAAGGAGAGAGGAGUCUCCGGUCCAUGUGUCCUACCAACCUCCCAGAAUCCUUCUCGCUGGAAUCCAUCUUGGCUGAGCGAUGCGUGCGCCACCAGGAAGGACCCUGAGUCAGAAUGAUUGGCCAGAGACAACCUGGAAACCAAUCCCAUUAUCAUAAAACCCAAGACUGCGAGCCACGUGGCAGCGCAGUCCUCCUGGGUUCCCUUCCCCUGCUGCUCUCUGCCCGGGCGCCCCUUCCCAGUAAAGUCUCUUGCUUUGUCAGCAGGUGUGUCUCCUCGGACAAUUCAUUUCCGAGUGUUAGACAAGAGCCCGCUCUUGGACCCUGGAAGGGGCCUCCUUCCUCCAACACUAUGGGGCUAGCAAGGGCACCUAUCUUCCAGGUGCUUAGGAAGGGCAGAUCACAGUUCCAACCUGGCAUACAGUAGGAGCUUCUAUUUUCCACAAAUGUCAAACCCUUACCCCUCGUCUCCUAGGCUGGGGCAGAGAUUCUCACAUGUUAUUAUCUUCAGACCCUUCUGUGGCGAGGACAGGGGACAGGAGGGAUGAUAGGACCCCAUCCUACGGGGACUCUUUAGGGUCGAUGCGGGGUUCUGUAUGUUGGACCUGUCCAGGGAAUUCGGAUGCCUGCAGUUCUUCUAGCUGGCUUCAAAUAACUCUGGGUAGUUGUUAGAUCCAGUGCUAGAAAUGUAAGCUUUUCAGACCAGUAGGAUGUGAAUGGCCUUUACAAAUGUUUUGAGCCUUCCCUGCCCUGGCCUCCAACUGUGUCUGUGUAUCCUCCCUUUCUCUCCAGCCUAAUCUAUUUUUAUCUUCCCUUUCAUCCUGAUACCCUCCCCUGACUCUUCCCUUUUCUUGCUUCCUGGCUUCCUCCCCACCUCUUGGUGCACCCUCCCCCGAGCUCAGCCUGCAUUCCUAGCUGCCAGCCAUUUCUCUGCCAGUCCUUUCCUCUGCAAUGCCGUUUCCUCUACUUGACAGGAAGGCUCCGAUCAAAAGUCACCUCCUCCAGGAUGCCUGUCAAGCUCUCUUGUCUAUUUCUUUUGUCUAGCACUUUGCAGGCGCCUUUCUUAUUGUUCGAAUUAUGUAGUCAUGUGAGAUGCUUUUCCUGGCUGGAGUCUACCUGGUAGACUCAUGGUCCAUGUGUCAAAUCUUUUGAGGAAAUGCGCACUCUCCUUCACUCUCCAACCCUCCCAUCCCCCCACCUCCCACCAGGAUCCAAGGCUUUAUUCAGCUUCGCAAAGGGUUGUAGAGCAAGAUGAAGAGAGGAAGACAAUCUCACAGACUUUGCACAGAGGCUGAGAAGCCUGUGAAGAGAAGAUCAGGAGAUGGGGGCACUCCUGAAAAGUCAGCCAAUAGACUAUUCUGAGGUUGGCGGGGGGUGGGGGGUGGGUGGAUGGUUCCUACAGCUUUUGCAGACAGCAGCCCUGCAAAAACUCAUUGGAAAGGAAACUGCUAGGUGGUGUUUUGGGGGGUCCUGAAGAGCUCCAGUUCUUUAUGUCUCAGCACAGAAAGAAUUCAGUGAGAGGCAAAGUGAUAGAUAAGAAGUGCUUUAUUAGAAUAGGACGCUUGUGAGGCUUACAAACGGGUGGGCAAGAGGGUGCCGUGCCCGGAGAACUUAGUGGGCUACAUUUUUAUAAUCAAAGAAAAAGUAGGGAGGGGGAAAAGACCACCUUCUUCCUCAUUCUUGAGUAGAGGUCACGCUUCCAUCAUUAGUUCCUCUUCUAUGUCAGGUGGGGGAGUUUUCUUGUCCCUACGUGGUAAAGCCUGCACUGUCAUGGCACUAUGGAAAAAUUAUUUCAGGUCUCAGUACAAUGAGGGUCUUUCACUUUGAAAAGUCAUCUUUCCAUAAAGUAUUGUUUUUAUGUGUGCAGAGAGCAUGUCCUAGGAGUUAUUAGCUUACUGAGCUCACUGGGCACAGUGUGGGUCUCAUGCCACCAUUGUUUUAUUGUUUGGGGCAUGCCAUACUUCUGUGGCAUGGUUUUGUUGCUAAGCAAGCCUGCUCGGUUAUGUGGUUAAGCAAACCUGCUUUCUUGGGUAAUUGUUAACCUUACAGGGGUCUCCCAUACUUGUUUUUCUGCUUCUAAUCCCUUAGUGGGAUUAACUGUUUAAUCAGCUACUUUGUCCCUUCACCCUGUCCCUAUCAGAAUAACUGAGGGAUGUUACAAGCUGCAUUAGCAGGGAGGGUGUGUUUGUGCCAAGCCGGUGAGGCUCUUGCUGUACCAAUUAUGAGCAGAAACACUGUCCUUUUGCCAAGAUAACUGGAUUUCCCUAGUAGAUCUCUUACUUUCCACUUUGUUUAAAUUAAGUUUAACACUGAGAACACUUUGCCUCUAUGUCCUUAGUUCUAAAUCUUCCUGCUCAACCAUGAACCCUAGUGAAAGCAUUCAGCAGUCAGACUCAUCCAGCAUAAAGCUGAAGAUGGGGUGGUUCUUGUGGGGCCCUAUUGAGGCAGGUCAAUAACAAACACAGGAAAGGACAAGGCAAACAUAGGAAAAUGAAGCCCCAGGGAAUAAAUAACUUAAGGCCUCUUUCACAAGAUCCCGCCAUGGGCAGCGCAAACAUCUGGGUCAAAGAGAUAAGGAAAAACUAAGGUAUGCACUCUGGCUUCUGUACAUUGCUUCUGCAUAGAUAAACAUAGCUACAGGCUCCCAAAA